AUGAAGGUCUUGGUACAAAAAAGAUGUCAUGCUGGGCUAUUUCAAUUAUUCCGCUUGUUUAUAGUUUAUAUAGGAAGAUGAAAUCACUGCAUCUUUAAACUGACUAUUUGGAUGAUAUAUGUUUAAAGGAAUGUGAGCUGCCUUUGCAAGCAGUAGAAACAUGGAAUUACGAUGGAUGUUACUCCUGUGGGGAAUUAUUAUUUCGGUUGUGGGUGGUGUCUCUAAAGCAAAAACUGUUGAAGACUCCCUGACAUUGCUGCAAUCAGGUGAAGAAAAAAACUACAAAAAUGGUGCUCUUGCUAAAAACAAUACUCAUUGCGUCUUUCAGCAAUCAAAAUAUAUUGGUAUGAUAGGUGAGAAUGAAGAUGCUGGCACAAAAAUUAGUGUUGUUGGUCAACUAAGUGUGCAGAACUGUUCAACUGUGGAAUAUUCAAUUGCUAGUUAUUUGGAAUUAUUCAGUUUAGAGAAAACUAAAUUUUAUAAUUCAUAUAACAAUAUUUUGUCAUCACGCAUUUCAUUUGAUAGGGAACAUGAGGAUAAGUACAAAAUAGAAAUAUUAGCAGUAUGUAGAGAUGACUUUGUGAGUACAUGUACAACAGAGGUAGAGGUUCAUAUACUUGACAAAAACGAUGUUAUACCAAAUUUCAAGCAGUCAUCCAUCCAAGUCAUCACACUGCCAGACCAGUCAUUGGAUAAAAUCACCACCAUAACAGCAUUUGAUGAGGACCAAACUGAAAAGAUCUCUUAUUUUGUAGAAAACAGUGCAGAUUUCUACAUUGAUUCAGAAACCGGUGAUCUAUAUUCUGAAUCAGACUAUCUUUACCCUGGUAGCUAUAGUGCUACUGUUUAUGCUGUUGAUUCAGCAGGGCACACAAGUGACCCUCUAUUAGUUCAUAUAGAAGUUAGAAGUACAGCUUUAAAAUUCAAGCCAUCACACUACCAACAUCACCAUGUUGUCAGACGUGCCACAACCACCAUUCAAAAGGAAUAUGAAAAAGUGGAAAACAACACAUUCUCCAAUUUCUUGUUCUCAGUUGCUAGUGUUCAGCCCAGACCUUUUGGGGAGAAGUACGCUCUUGUCUCCACCAGCGUGAAGAAUAUGUUCCAGGGCCCGGACACAGAAGGCAAUGUGUACCUCACAAAGGGCAAGUUUUUGGAUUAUGAAAACCAAGACCACAGAGCAAUCAGCCUUGUAUUCAACAUAACGAACACAAACACACCAGAAGACUACACUCUCUCUGAAGUAACCCUGCGAGUUUUAGACAAGAAUGAUGAGAAGCCCGUGUUCAAGAACGUUCCAAGCCCGUUUCUCGCUACCGUGUCCGAUAGCCCGGGUAUUGGCUACAAUGUGUACACCCUCUACGCCAGGGACCCGGACAGCAGCUCGAGGCUACAGUAUAACCUCGAGUCAGGUGGUGAGGGGAAGUUUGAAAUCUUCACAGAGGAGGACUUUGGCUCUGGGGAGAUGGUCGGUAAGAUCAUGACAACUGUGAAUGGACCAGGACAAUUUCCUCAGGGCGCUGAGUACACACUGGUUGUCUCUGCCCAGGAUAUGGCUGCUGGGCUCUCCCCUGCCCAAAAAUCAGAGUUUGCCAUCGUCAAGGUGCUCGUCGGGCUUCGGCCCCCACAGCUGUUUGAGAACCCAUUCUACGCCAAAGUGGAUGAGACCAGUGGCACUGGUACCAGGAUCCUGGGUGUUGAUGACCGUAUCCUGAAGAUACGGGCAAAGCUGUUCCAGGACACAGUAUCCAAUGUGACCGAGUUCAACUUGACAGACCAGAAUGGGAAGCUGUCCUCACUCUUCAGCAUCAACAGGCAGGGCAAUGUUGAGACGCUCCAGAACCUGGAUUACGAGGAGCCUCCGAACCAGUAUGUGCUCAAUGUGACUGUCACGGAGAAGGAGACACGCCUCUCUACCACUGGACAGCUGAUCAUCAAUGUCCAGGACAUCAAUGACAACAGCCCCAAGUUCCAGCUGUCCACCUACACUGCUACAGUGCCUGAGGACAUUCCUGUGGGCUCCCCUCUUAGCAUGCGAGAACAGGUGAUAGCAACAGACCGUGACUCAGGCCUCAAUGGUGAGCUGGAGUACUUCGUGAGCGACCCUCAUUUCUCCAUCAAGACGGUGUACCAGGAUAACCAGUAUGUGGGCCGAAUCAGCAUUGCCAAGAAGCUUGACUAUGAUAAUGAGACGGCUCACCAGUACAGUUUCACGGUGACAGCCCGGGAUCAGGGCGAGAUCCCACAGUCGGGCAUGGCCACAGUGAUUGUGUACGUGUCAAACGUGAAUGAUGAGGCCCCCGUGUUUGGCACGGGCUCAGAGUACCAGUACGCCAGCAUCAGCGAGGAGCAGACCAUUGGCAGUGUCGUCACUAUUGUACAGGCCACUGACCCAGAUGGAGACAACGUAAAAUACUACUUCAAACCCAAGGACCGUGAGAGUUAUCCAUUUGAGAUAGACCCUGACUCUGGUCUGAUCAAGCUUAUAGGGCCUUUGCCUGACUCCAUCCCCUACUACACCCUCAACAUCACCGCGUACGAUGACGGUGCGUGCUGCGGCCGCGUGAACAGCCUCUCCAGUGACAGUUAUGUUGUUGUGGAGGUCAAGGACACCAACAACAACCAGCCUCAAUUCCCCAGCUGUAACUAUGAGCCAGAGGUCCAGGAGAACCAGGAUGUGGGAACCUUCGUUGUACAGGUGAAAGCUGUGGACAAUGACAGAGGUGCCAAUGGUAACAUCACAUACUCCAUCAUACGUACCCCACUCCAGUCUGAGCAGUUUGCCGUUGAUCCUGUGAACGGUCGAGUGGUCACGGCCAUCCGGUUUGACCGGGAAGUUCUGAAUGGGGAUAGGAGAAUUCCCGUCACAGUGAAAGCUGCUGACCAGGGCACUCCACAGAGUCUUGAGAAACACUGCACAUUCUGGGUCGUCAUUGGUGACGUCAAUGACAAUCAGCCUCAGUUUGAUUCCCCAUCUUAUUCUACAUCAAUGAGUGAGUCCUCGGCUACUGUAGGUCGCCGUGUUUUUGCAGUGAGGGCAUCAGACGCAGACCACGGGCUCAAUGCAGAGGUGGUGUACUCUCUGGUUCAUAAUCCAGGAGAGUUCUUUAGAAUUGAAUCUGACACAGGCAUCAUUUAUCUGGACAAAAGCGUUUAUGGGAUUGACAAGGUGUUGAUCAGGGUGAAGGCUGAAGACCGUGGGUCGCCUCCAUUGAGCUCUUUUGUAUCGGUUGAUAUUGGCAUCACCGACCGUAACAACAACCCACCAACCUGGGAGAGCAACACAUAUGAGCGGGAAUAUGUUGUCAAGGAAACCGCUCAGAUUGCCUACGUGAUCGCCUCCAUGGGGGCUCAGUCAAACACUCCGGCACCGUUCGAUGGUCUUUCAUUUGCAUUGAUUGAUUCUCAGGAGAACACAGUACAACAGCUGGGUCCGUUUAGGAUUCAACAGGAUGGAAACACUGUCACCUUGGUGUUGAAGGGACAGCUUGACUAUAAUGUGAAGAACAGAUAUGAACUUCGUCUCCGAGUUACUAACCAAGGUCAGACCCCGCUGUCUUCAGAGAUUCGGCCGAUUGUCGUGGUGAAGGACAUGAAUAACGAGCCCCCACAGUUCCGAGGGCUGGACAUCAACUUCAGCAACUCGUACACGGGUAUAGUGCCAGAAAAUGAACCACCAGGACAGACAGUGAUACAAAUCAAGGCUGAGGACCCUGACCAUGAUCCACCAAACAACGUGGUACGGUACAGCCUGAUGCAGGACCCAAAUGAUGCAUACAUGCAUUUCAACAUUGACGAGGUGUCCGGUGUGAUCACCACCCGCAGCCAGUUCGACCGGGAAGAACAAAGUGUCUACUACAUCAAGGUCAAGGCUGUUGAUGGGAAAAACUCAGAUGCCCCGGGACACUUCCCAGAAAAUACACCUAACAGUGCGACUGCAUCUGUGCAAGUGAUGAUAUCAGACAAGAACGACAACCCUCCAUACUUCAUCAAGGACAGCUGGGAGAUCACAGUCCCGGAACGCCGGCCUGACAGUAACAGCGCCAUCAUCACUGUGGUCGCAACCGACAAGGACAAGGAAGACACGCUGUCAUACACAAUCACCGAGGGCAACCUGAACAACGUGUUUGGGAUCAAACAGAAGACUGGAGACAUCUAUGUUGCCAAGACACUUGACUAUGAAACUCCGCCCACUGAAUACAAGUUGCGCGUGAUAGUACAGGAUGGGAGGUUCGAGGGGUCGACCGAGGUGAUCGUCAAGGUAACAGAUGUCAAUGACAACGCCCCUGAGUUCUCACAGAAAGUGUACGAGGUAAACUCUGUUGUGGAGGAAAGGGUGCCUCCACCUGGUGGACAGCUGCUCGUGCAGGUGUCAGCCACAGACAAAGAUGUGAGUCGAGAUAGUAACUUCCGAUACUCCAUAUCCGGGGAAGGUACUGAUCCAAACAACCCCACAUUCAAGAUCGAACCAGACACAGGCAGGGUCUUUCUGCUUAAACCCCUGGACCGCGAUUUACCAUCGGGACGUGAUGUGUACCAGUUUAACGUUCUUGCCGAGGACGAGCCCAGCACUGCCAAUGCCCUGACAGGGUUCUCGUAUGUGAAGGUGAAACCACAGGAUAUCAAUGACAACGCCCCUGUCUUCAAGGAGAGCGACCUACAGGGAGCCGUGCCUGAACACUCUGAUAAAGACCAUUCAGUGAUGACUAUAGUAGCAACAGACUAUGACGCCGGUGACAACGGCACGGUUAUAUAUGAGAUUGAUGCCUAUGGAAACCCACCAGCUGCACCCACCGGGGAAUACCUGUUCAAGAUCAAUAGUAACGGCCUCAUCAAGACAAACCUCAACAACUCGCUGGACCGUGAGAAGACAUCAGUGUAUUACCUGCCAAUCGUUGCCAAAGACAAGGGCGCAGAACAGAGGAAGAGUACAGCCACAGCCACCAUCAGCAUACUUGACAUUAACGACCAGAAACCACAGUUCAUUGAUAAAAUCUACAAAGUGACAAUGUCUGAAAAUCAGAAGACAGGCCCAGUAAAGACUGUGACUGCUAUAGAUCGGGACAUUGAUGAGAAUGCCAGACUCACCUACACAUUGAAGGACAGCGAUAGGACGUACUUCUUCAUAGAGACCAUCCCUCCCAAUGCUGGAGUGUUGAAAGUCUUCAGGGAGGUGGAUUAUGAGAAGGUGAGAUUCUUCAACUUGACAGUGUACGUCCAGGACAGUGACCCCUCCCACCGGGACGUGGCCUACAUCGAGGUUACUGUGGAAGACUAUAAUGAUAACGCCCCCGUAUUUGACCCCAAGGUCAUGAACAUUCGACAUCGAGAGAACAUCCCCAUAGGGACCAGUCUAUGGAAUUGUAGCGCCACAGACAAGGAUGAUGGCAUCAAUAAGGACUUUCAGUACAAGAUUGACCGUCGUACGGACCCAGGUCGACGGUUCACAGUGACAUCCAAUUGUGAGGUUACGGUAAAGCGGGGCCUCGAUGGGCAGACCCUUGAUAGAGAGGCCCUGGUGGGGUCAGAGGAUGAGAAAUACGAGGUUCAUGUGCUCGCUGUAGACAAAGGCUACCCUCCCCAGACAGGUACAGCCACCCUCAGGAUAUUUGUGGAUGAUGUGAAUGACAACGCCCCACAGCUUGUGUAUGAUGGAGUACCAAUGGUGAUGGAGCUGGAGGACCCUCCACGGUUUGUGGUUGCAUUCAGCGCCGUUGACCCCGACACUCCUCAGUAUGGGGCACCAUUCCAGUUCUCUCUGCCACCAUGUGAUGAAAACCCAACCUGCAACAAUGGGGACUUAGACUUUACCAUGGAUUUCCUACCAAAUGGUGACAAUGGAAGGGGUAGUGGGUUUGUUACGGCCAUGAAGAAGUUUUACCGAGAGAAGCAGAAGUACCACUACCUUCCUAUCAUCAUAUCUGACAUGAGGGGAACUGGCAGUCAGCUCAGUAAAACAGGAACUAGCACACUCACUAUAGAGAUUGGUGACAAAAACAACCACCCACAUAGUGAUGGCUAUAAAGAGAUCUUCAUGUAUAAAUAUGACUUCAAAGGUGUUACAGAUGAUCUAGUGAUCGGGAGUGUGUACGCCCCAGACCUGGAUGACUGGGAUGUGGUGGAUAAGCACUACUAUUUCUACAGUCCGCCCGAAAUGGCCAGGUUCUUUAGUAUUGACUAUGAUGAUGGCCUGAUCAGGAUGAACAAGGACACGCCCCCUGGAGUGUAUGACUUCAAGGCGAAGGUUCACGACUAUGUGGUGUUCACGCACAUCAACGCAACCGCGUCUGUACGAGUCAUUGUGGAGGAAAUCACGGAUGAUGCCAUCUUCAGCUCCGGAUCACUCCGGUUUAUAGGAAUGACGGCAGAGGAGUUUAUCACACAGCCGAACAAUGGCAAGAGUCCAUAUGAGAAGUUUAAGACCCUGCUAGCAAGCAAACUGAGUGUGCCUCAGCGUAAUGUAGCCAUAUUCAGCGUGAUGAACGGCCAGGGCAGGGAGUAUGUUGAGAUACGCUAUGCCGCCCAUGGCUCACCAUACUACCCUCCCAGCAAACUUGACGGCAUCAUUGCCCUAGACAAGGACCAGUUUGCCAAGGACGCUGGUAUCAAGAUCAUCAUGGUGAAUGUUGACAUGUGUCUACAAGAGACAUGCGAGUCUGGCGGCUGUUCUAACAUCCUCAAGGUGGCAGACACCCCAAACUAUGUCAAUGCUAAUGGCACUUCAUUUGUGGGUGUGGGCACAUCAGUGGUGGCUGAGUGUGUCUGUGCGGCUACAGAUUUCUCGGCCCCUGUUGGGUGUUCCCCGACCUACUGUCUGAAUGGAGGACAGUGCAUGAAGGACGAAUGGGGGGAUAUCAGAUGUGUUAACUGCCCAGAGGGAUUUGACGGUCCCCGUUGUCAGAUGACGCGACACAGCUUAUCUAAAGGUUACGCCCUGUACGCCCCUCUCUCCCAGUGUGAGGAAAGCGUGACCAGCAUAGAGUUCAUCGCAAAAGAUCCGAACGGCCUCAUUUUCUACAACGGUCCUGUUGAUGAAUUAGGUAUUGAUGACCCGACAGAUUAUAUCGCCCUGUCGCUGGUGGACGGUUACCCGGAAUUACAGGUGGACCAUGGGUCAGGUGUUUUGACAUUAACUGUGGAUGGCCGUGACCAGAAAGGGGAACGCUACCUCCAGAAACUAGACGAUGGACGUUGGCAUCACAUUGACAUCAUCAGAAAGGGAAAGACUGUGACCCUGACAGUUGACCGGUGUGACAUGCUGGAUGUAAACCUGAUACAGGACUCAGCUGUUGACCGCUCCCCAUGCGAGGUGACUGGCUCUUCUCCGGGGGACAACAUGUUCCUCAAUGUGAACGCCAUGUUACAACUGGGCGGGAGGUACGCCACACCCUCGUACCCGACUGCUGUGAGGGGAAACAGAUACCAGGGAUGUGUACGCAACCUCGUACACAAUGGACAGCUAUACGACUUGUACACAGGCCCAUAUUCAAAGGGAGAGAACCAUGAAAAUGGCUGUAGUGAUGAGGAUGAAGUAUGCGGAGUUAGCAGCCCUGGGGGUCCGCUUUGUGGGCCUCACGGCAUCUGUGAACUUACCGACAUGAUCAAUGCCCAGUACAAGUGUACUUGUAAGCCGGGAUACAGGCCUGCAGGAAACGGGAACCAGGCCUGUACUAAAGAGACAGCAAUCCGAGACCUUAAGUUGUCCAGCUUCCUGGGUUGGACAUUGAAGCACCAGUUCCUGAACGCUGACCUGACCACACGUCAGACAGAGAUACAGGUGCGGUUCCGUACACGCGACCCGGACGGUAUACUGCUCCACCUACCCAGCAAUACACAGGAGUUUAUCACACUUGAGUUGGUACAAGGCCGUGUCCAGUUACUGUACAACCUGGGAGGCUCAAGCGGGGAGUCUGUCCUCUCUCUCACCGAGGCCCGUGCCAGUAACGGCCAGUGGCACACGGUGCACAUGCGGCGUAUUGGACGCUGGUUUGAGCUCAAGAUGGACGGGGGUGAGGGUCGGUACCGGAAUGAGACAUGGGGUAGCCUUGGUGGCAGGGAGCUGAUUCAGAUAGACAUGUACGGGAUUGUUAGCGGGGCCAACGUCGUGUUCAGGACAAAGCCUGUCGUGCACAGUCAGGACCUCAAUGAGACAUGUAUUACUGAUGUCCGUCUGAACGGGAAGUGGUUUCCAAUGGUUCGGUCUGAGAAUGAGCGUAGCGAGACAGCCACACUGGAGUAUGAGUAUCAUGUGGAGAAUGACUGUGUACGGGAGGAUUGUGCAGGAGUUAUCUGCCCCAGUGGAAGCCCAUUCUCAGCCGUGUGCUUCCCUCUGUGGGGAAUACAUGAAUGCAGGUGUCGUCUGGGCCAGUACCCUAGUGGGUACAACUGUUUCCCCAUCGACUAUUGUGAGCGGGACACGCCAUGUUUUGAGGACGCAGAGUGCAUCACAAAGGCCUACCCAGACAACUUCACCUGUGUAUGUCCGCCCAGAUGGACUGGGCGACUGUGUGACAUCCAGGGCCCUGGACCUGUCGUGAUGGCCGGGCUCACUACCAGCUUCAUCAUCAUCAUUAUCAUCAGUAUAUUUGUCAUCCUAGUCAUUGCCCUGCUGGUGUUCCUACUGAUCCGGUACAAGCGUAGAACGGACCCCGAGAAGUACAUCCUAGAAAUUGACCCUGACGAUGAUAUCCGGGAAAAUGUGAUGAACUACAACGAGGAGGGGGCAGGGGAAGAGGAUGAGGAUUGUUAUGACAUCAGCCGUCUCCGGAAACCGGACGAGAUGGACACAUUUAGACCAAUCAACCGUAGACUCUAUGGAAAAAUAGCCCCUGGAGAGAGACCAGAUGUGGGUGACUUCAUAGAACAUCGACUCGACAAUGCGGACAACGACCCGAGUGCCCCACCCCACGAUAGUGUACGGGAGUUUGUGUAUGAGGGAGGUGGCAGUGACGCAGGAUCACUCAGCUCUCUUCAGACGUCAUCCGGGUCCGAGGACCAGGAUUACCAAUAUCUAGAUGACUGGGGACACAAGUUUGCAAAACUAGCGAACAUGUACGGAGGGGAGGAUGAGUUCGGGCUCUAACGACGAGAUCUUUAGUCAAUGUAACUAAUGUUAGUGUGUUUCACAUUCUGUUAAACCGACAGUUUUGGGUUCAAGUUAAAACAGGUAUAAUGCUUGCUAAUAUGAGAUCUUUAGAAGAGCAAGUUAUCCUAUAAGAAUGCUCUGUGACAUCCUGAAAAAAAGUAUACUUUAUGAUUGCAGUUUAACAGCAUCCAUUGUGCAGUAUGAGUGGGGUAUUGGUUAAAUACUCGUAAAACUCUGUGGUAGUGUGUAUAAGUUGUUGCAGUUUAAUAUCCACAAUUGUUGGUUCAGCGCUAUGUGAAACAGAUAAUAGUAACUUCAUUUCAGAAUGGUGUUGUGUCUACAAAGUGCUAAUUUUGUACAAAGGUUGUGAAGUGUUAUUCAUUGUAUCAUAAGGAGAGCAGUGUUGACAGGGAUUCCGGCAACAUACCAAUGUAACCCUCUAUUUCACACUAUAUGCCAAAAAACUACAUGUAUCAUUGUUUUAUGUUAGUUUACUAAACACAUACACGGCAAAAGACAAUUCAGCAGUAAAGCCAUCAUGUGUUUCAGGUAAAAUACUAAAUUUAAUUGUUUGUUGGUAAUAAUCCUCAUUGAAAUUCCUUAAAUUUUAAGAUAAAAAGAUAAUGCUUCAAUUUUGGAGGAAAAGUCAUAGAAAGGGUAAAUGAUUUGCGGGUUUAAAAACAAGAGGUAGAUCUGAUUUAAGUUAGCAGUUGCAAAAAAUAGGUAUAAAAAUCAAUUCAUGGUCAAUUAUGAUUGGUUUCAUGCAUUUUAAUGUGAACUAUAAUGGAGGUAUGUAAACUAUGUUGUUAACAGCCCUGAACAUUUAAGGAUUGUUUUCAACAUUGUAUGGAACAUUUAAUCACAUAUAAAAUGACUUGCAGGCAUUCCUGUAGAAAUGAGAUUAGCGUGUAUAUUAUAUAUAUAAUGAUCGUGUAAUAGUUAUUUAUUGUCAGUGGUCAUUGUGAGAAUAUUAGCCACAAGCAUUUCAUGAAGAUAAAUGACCUGUCUUAUAUUAAUAUGCAUACUGAGGUAAUCAACAUUGGACAAUUGGAGUUGUACAAACAUGCUCCAUGAAAUCAUCAAGGAUGGGAGAUUAUUGUACUAUUGAAGAUAUCAUGUGCUGGUUUACCCUUGAUGUUAUGUUUUUGGCUAGUAUCUCGAGUUCUACUGGUUUUGCAUGCAUUGUAAGGCCUAACAAAAAAAUGUUUGUUUCCGGUAACCUGACCCUACCUACCUAAUUUUUUUUUUAAAAACAACACAUUUUUUAUAAACAUAAACUGUCAAGAAUUUUUGAUUGAAUAUAGCUCCAUAACAAAUAGUGCUAUUUGCAAUUAAAUGAUCUUAACAUAAAGUUUAUUUGGAAAAAAAAAAUGAAAAAUAAUAUCCCAACCUACUCUAUCUAAUAAUUUUGGGGAUGUAACCCUUAACAAACAGUUACUUUUUAGGCCUAAUCAAGUGUAUGUCUCCACGGUAGUUUUUCUACACUGAACAUUGAAGGUUACAUUAGCAUUACCAGUUGUUUGUCUGUAAAGUUUGUAUAGGUUGGUACAUGCGUAAUGUUAAUGCUGACCUUGUUCUGGUAGAUGGCUUACGUGCAUGUCAGUCAUUUGUUCUUUUUUUAUAAAAACUCUUUUUGUGCAGUUAUCAAAAAUAUAGGGCAAACUGUUGCCUUUGUUAUAAAUAAGCUCACUAUGUAAGAUAUAUUUUUUAGUAGACAUACUUAUACUCAGUUAACUUACUUAAAGAUAUGCUGUUUUUAAAACGAAGUUUAUUCUUGCCAAAGAAACUGUUGCAUAAUAUACAUAUGAUUGUUAAAAAUGUUUAUAAACUUGUACUCUGUAUUUACAUUUUCAAAGUCUUAAUGAUGUUUGGCUAAAACUAUUUAUGAAACACUCAAUCUCAGAAUUUUCACUGUGAUAACUACUAUUACUCUCAUUGUUCAUUAAGAUUGGUUAUAGCGCACAGCCUUGCCAUACACAAUGUUUCAUAUAUUACAACUGCUACAAUUCACUAUAAUGGACCAAUAUCAGAGUGUUGUUAACAGUCAUAAAACUUUGAAUCAUAUGCAUACUGUGCUUCAAAACUGUAUUACUCCCAAAAAGAGAUAUGUUUACAUCAAAGUAAUUCCUCCGUGCUGCAGAACUUUGUAACAUACUUCAUGGUAAUUUUCAGUUUUAUAUGACCCAAUACUUAAUCUUAGAAACAUUUGUGCAGGCUUUUACCCAGUGUUUAAACAGAUGAAGUCAACUAUAUUUAAAGUAGACCUUGACAAAAGUUUCAUGCGUCGGAAAUUUGUAAAAAUAUAUUUGCACCGAUGCUCAUGAUGUAAGUGUUUGACUUUCAUAGAAAAACAAAUUUCUAAUAGAAUCUAUAUUAACUAAAGGCGGAAUUCAAUCUUUGAAGUGUUCGAGCUAGAAAAUAACAAGUGUGACGGUUGUUCAUAAAGGUGUUUUUCAUGAUUGUGUCACGGUCCAUGUUUUGUAUAUAUUAAGGUUGUGACAUAUCAACACACUGUUCACACUAUUGAAAGUGUUUUACUCCAGUUUUCAUACUUAUGUAUAAUUAUUAAAUGAUUGGCUCAUAUACAUGUUACAAUAUUCAAGGUGCAAUGUCAAUAGGUCUCUUAUUUGUAUACUAUAUUGCAUGUUUUAUACCCCUGCUUUACAAAGUGAAGUGGCACUAUGUAAGAAUCAUGCACAUCGUCACGUCUGUCGGUUUUUCAGUCUGUCUGUCCCAUUUUUGUCUGGUCCAUAUCUUUCUCAUUAUUGGUCGGAUUUUAGAAUUGUAUGGCAAAAGUGACCUUCAUAGCAUGAGGACCUGUCGCCCUUAAGACCGGUGUCCCUACAUAUAAGGUAAAGGUCGCAGCUACCUUGUGAACUUAAUUUGAUUUGCUAUAUAAGCCUAAAUGAUGAUAAUUUAUGCCACAUGACAGUACCAAUAUUUUCCAAUCUUCCUCAUGUCUUUUUAUUAUUGACUAUUCAGUGUCAUAUUUACCUUCAGUGUAGAACAUUUCACUUGAUUACUUUAAUGGUUCCAUCCAGGCAAUAUUUCAUACACUUGUGUGUGCGGGGGUAUUAAUCACAUUUUGUUACAGCUUUAGUUUAAUUAUCCUUUAACCUGUUAUUUUCAUUAGUUUGUAUUAUAAUGUAUGAUUCAAUUAAGUUUCUUUAUACUCCCGAUUUGGUUGUGUUAAAACAGUAUUACAUUUAUUUAUCAGUGAAUGCAUCGUUUUGCUCUGUGUAUUUAGCUUAUUAUUUAUGCUUGUGUUAUAUCAUACUGUAUCUUAUUGCUCUGUAUUUAGAUUUUAUUUGGUAUACACACUUUUGUGGUGCGUGCUGUUUGUGUAAAUGUAACUAAGGUUAUGGAAAAACUUCAAAUUCACUCCAAGGCCACCCAUACCUGGGUAUGGUUUCUUUCAAUUCUAAAAUAAUUCCUAGUGUUUGGAGCAUGUUUUUAUGAAGCUAGAACUGCCAUUCUGUGUUGUGGUUAGAAGCGAAGAAAAUUUCUUUCUUGUUAUUUUACAUCAUUAUUCUUGUUUAUACUGACUCCAGAAUUUCAAUGUUUUCUGUAUGUAUGUUCACGCCAUGUUGUGUUACCGCCUAGUCAGUUUCAAGUCCAAGCAUUAUAGAGUUGGGAAUCAGGCCUUCAGAUAUCUAUACAUUUAUAAAUGUACAUUGCUGCAUUUCAUGUUUUUGUUGCAGGGUUGAACAAUGGCAGUGUAAUGUUUAAUAUGCUUAAAAUAAUAUAGAAUCAAGUAACUUAAAUAUUAUGAAUAUUAUGAUGUUUGAUCUCACUCAAACUAUUUGAAUUUGUCUGUUAGUGUUAUUAGACCACAAUUUAUUUCUCAAUCAAGCUGGGCUGGGAGCCGGACAAAACAACCCUCAGAUCAACCCCCGGUUGAUAAAACUACCCCCUCUCAUUUCUAUAUAGGUGGUGGACAAACAAACUUCACCGUGUUACAGCUCUAUAAUGCUUGGAUAGUUCUUGUCUCAUUUCUAUAUGCUUUAUUUUGUCAUCUGUCUCCUUAAAUCAAAAUAUGGAACAUGUGCAAACCUUUCUCUAUGUGACACAGUGUCCCUCCACAGUACUGUUCUUUACUGCAGUCUCCUUGUAUAUUUGUAUUUCCGGAUGUACAAUCAAACUACAUUGCUUGUUUUUAGUUGUUACAAUAUAUAAUAAUGAUUAUAUAGUUUACAGGUUGUAUCUUAAAUAUUUGGAAAUAAUUUAUAACAUGAUAUCAAAGUUAUUGUCACAAGUUAGUUUUUACAAGCUUAUUUUUUCAUGAUAGUUUAUUAGGUGAACUACUUCGUUUCUUGGUGAGAGCUGUCCCGAGUCUAAUAUAUAUUGUAGUAGCUUAGAUAAAUUAGUGAAAUGUAUGUAUUUAUCAUUCCAUUUAUGUUAGAUUUUGUUUGUAGGUAGGAAACGGAGUCAUAGAAAACUGAGAAGGGACAAGUGAGAAAUACAAGAUUUAUGUUACAUUUUGUCAAUGUCAUAUCAUCAUGUUUUGAUAUAUUUUUGAAAAAUAAAAUGUUUAUA